AUGAAGCCUUAUACUCUAUCCUUGGCCUUUGGCCUGAUGUUUGGGAGUUCUCAAGCAAUCUCAAUGGUUAAUUACUCUCCCAGCUGCGGCGUUGAUCCUGACUUUGGACCUUGGUAUUAUGAGUUGUUAAGAAACAACGAGGAUCCGACGACAACGUCCAGCUAUACCGAUUUCUUUGCCCGCAACGGGAGCCUCAUUGUCUUAGGAAAUAAGGCUACUGGAGCAAACGCCAUUUUACAGUCAAGGGCGGCCAUGUUACCCGCUGAUGGUUCUAUCCAAUGGAAUCAUUUUCCAAACAAGACUGUGGUGGCUAAAGAUUCAGCAACCGAAAAGACGUUCCAUGUCUACGGCGUCAUGCAGACAGUCACCACCGCUGAUGAUAACUGUUCUACAACUUACUUCCAGACCCUUUUCACUGUCGCAAAGAACCCAGUCACUCACCGUGCAAAUCUCACUCCCCAGGGUGGCAGUCUCCUAGUCUACGAUGGAUUUCUUAUCGAGCCCUCGGAAGACCCAUGUGCCAAUUAA